UUAUGAGUAGGUAAAUAAAUAUAUUCAAUACCGGAAGUUAUUUUCGCACGUGAACCACAUACAAAACCAGUCGGAAAACUGCACUGAAAAAAAAAGAGAAAAUUUGUAAUGAUGAGCAGCUUAACUUAGUACGUCUUUUAAGUCUAACAGAUUCUCUAUUCAUUCACCAAUUGGAAUGUUGACUCAAAGAAAAAGACUUUCAAGUGGUUUGACUGCCACUUCGAAAGUGUUUGUUAGAUCAAGAAACGGGACUGCCACCAAAAUCGUUAGAGAGCAUUACUUGAGAGAUGAUAUUCCAUGUUAUUCAAAAUUAUGUAACAAAUGUCAUGAUUUACUAAAACCUAAUGCUCAAGGUGAAUUACCGGUAUUUGUCCUUUCAGAAACUCCUUUGAAAAUUAAAGAGUUUGGUUCUCAUUAUAUUUUGUUAGAUACUAAUAUCAUUUUACAUGCUAUUGAUUUAUUAGAGAAUCCUGAUUGUUUUUAUGAUGUAAUAAUCCCCCAAACCGUCUUAGAUGAAGUGAAAAAUAGAUCAUUCCCAAUAUACCAAAGAAUCAGAGCUUUGGUCAAAGCCGACCAAAAAAGAUUUGUCGUUUUCCAUAAUGAAUUUAGUGAAUCGACAUAUGUGUCACGCCAUAAAGACGAAACUAUAAAUGAUCGUAAUGAUCGUGCUAUCAGAAGAUGUGCUGAGUGGUUUCAGAAGCAUCUUAACAAAGAUAACUCAAAUUCAAAGAUUAAUAUAAUAUUUUUAUGUAAUGAUAAAGAUAAUCGAAAUAAGGCUAUAAGUGAAGGCGUUAUUGCUAAAUCAUUGAAUGAGUAUAUUGAUGCCUUACCUAAUGCAGACGAUUUGAGGGACUUGGUUCCAACAGAAAAUGAAAGCUUUGAUAAAACCACUAGUUCCCGGGAAAUGUCAUAUCCUGAAUAUUAUUCCAAUUCAAGAAUCAUGGGUGGUAUUAAGAAUGGUACGUUAUAUCAAGGUAUUCUCAAUGUCUCCUCUUAUAAUUUCCUUGAGGCUAGUGUCCAAACUCAAGCCUUUAAGAAACCUUUAUUGAUUAUUGGAACUAAGAAUUUGAACCGUGCAUUCAAUGGUGAUUCUGUCAUUGUGGAAUUAUUACCUAAAGACAAAUGGAGAGAACCAUCGACCACAAUUAUUGAGGAAAGCAAUGUUGAUGUCGGUGAUAAUCCAGACGAAGAAGCAGACAACCAAGAAGGAGGUUCUGGAAUCAUUUCAGAUAAGGAACGUAGGGUAUUGGCUCAAGAAGCUUUGAAAGUCACUUCUGGUUCAGAAGAAAAUAUCCAGAAAAGAUUACAGCCAACUGCUAAGGUUGUUGGUAUAGUAAGAAGGUCUUGGAGAUACUAUGUUGGUCAAAUUGCACCAACAUCUGUAUCUUUGGAAAAUGACAGUGGUAAUGCUUCCAAGACUUGUUUUGUAAUUUUAAUGGACAAGUUACUUCCUAAGAUUAGAAUACGUACUAGAAAAGCAAAAGAGCUUUUGGGUCAAAGAAUUGUGGUUGCUGUUGAUUCAUGGCAAUCAACCUCUAGAUAUCCUCAAGGUCAUUUUGUUAGAUGUUUAGGUGAAAUUGAAAGUGCAGAAGCAGAAACUGAAGCUUUAUUAUUAGAACAUGACGUUGAAUAUAGACCAUUUGCUAAGAAUGUUUUAGAUUGUUUACCAUCUGAAGGUUCUGAAUGGAAAGUACCAGAAAACCUCAAUAAUGGUGAUCCUCAAUUAGCCAGACGUAAGGAUUUAAGAGAUAAAUUAGUUUGCUCUAUUGAUCCUCCUGGGUGUGUUGAUAUCGAUGAUGCUUUGCAUGCAAAACAAUUACCAAAUGGUAAUUAUGAAGUCGGUGUUCAUAUAGCAGAUGUCACCCAUUUCGUUAAACCAAAUACUGCUUUAGAUAAUGAAGGUGCUGCUAGAGGUACUUCGGUUUAUCUUGUCGAUAAAAGAAUUGAUAUGCUUCCAAUGUUAUUGGGUACCAAUUUGUGUUCAUUAAAACCUUAUGUUGAAAGAUUUGCAUUUAGUGUUAUAUGGGAAUUAGAUGAUAAUGCUAAUAUAGUUAAUGUUGAUUAUAUGAAAUCAAUAAUUAAAUCAAGAGAAGCAUUUUCUUAUGAACAAGCCCAAAUAAGAAUUGAUGAUGCUAAUCAAAAUGACGAAUUAACACAAUCAAUGAGAAUCUUAUUAAAAUUAUCGAAAAAAUUAAAGCAGAAAAGAUUGGAUGCUGGUGCUCUUAAUUUAGCAUCACCAGAAGUUAAAGUUCAUAUGGAUAGUGAAACUUCUGAUCCUGGUGAAGUUGAAAUCAAGAAAUUACUUGAGACUAAUUCCUUGGUUGAAGAGUUUAUGUUGUUUGCCAACAUAUCAGUUGCUAGAAAGAUUUAUGAUGCUUAUCCACAAACUGCAAUGUUAAGAAGACAUGCUGCACCACCAUCUACUAAUUUUGAAACUUUGAAUGAAAUGUUGAGAGUUCGUAAAUCUGGUAUGAAUAUAUCAUUAGAAUCUUCUAAAGCAUUAGCUGAUUCAUUAGAUCGUUGUAAUGAUCCAAAGGACCCAUAUUUUAAUACUUUAUUACGUAUUAUGUCCACUAGAUGUAUGAUGGCAGCUGAAUAUUUCCCAUCUGGAUCAUAUGGAUAUCCAGAUUUUAGACAUUAUGGUUUAGCGGUUGAUAUUUAUACUCAUUUCACUUCUCCAAUUAGAAGAUAUUGUGAUGUUGUUGCACAUAGACAAUUAGCUGGUGCUAUUGGAUAUGAAAAUUUAGAUUUAAGUCAUAGAGAUAAAAAUAAGAUGGAACUUAUUGUUAAAAACAUUAAUAAACGUCAUAGAAAUGCUCAAUUUGCCGGUAGAGCAAGUAUUGAAUAUUAUGUGGGACAAGUGAUGAGAAAUAAUGAAUCUGAACAAGAAGGUUACAUUAUAAAAUGUUUCAAUAACGGUAUAGUUGUUUUAGUACCAAAAUUUGGGGUUGAAGGUUUAAUCAAAUUAGACAUGUUGGGAGAUGCGGAUACUGCAUCAUAUAAUGAAGAUACUUUUGAAUUAACAUUUACUGAUUUUAGUGGGAAUAAUAGAAAAUUGGGAGUUUUCGAUAAAGUUAGUGUAUACGUUAAAUCGAUCAAGGAUGAAGUUUCUGGUAAGAGAAAAGCCCAAUUAAUUUUGAAAUAAGCAUUGUAUAAUAGAAAUUAUAAGUUUAAUUUACAGUAAGAGUUGAAAGCUCUUUUAAUGUUCUAUUGAAAAGUCUAUAAACAAAAGAAUUAAUGUAGUUAAGUUGAAAGAAAUAAGUUAAGUUGAGAAAUA